CUGGGGUUGAGUAUUCGCGGAAUACAUGCUGCCGCACUGCCGCAAGCCUACAAAGCGUGCCGUCGGGUUUCUCUUCCUUCUAUCUUUGUCCCACGUACUUUAUUCCUGCACUCAGCUCUCUUGUUCCCACAUAUUGAUUUUUUUUUUUUUUUGAAAGGCAAGUUCCCACAUAUUGAUUGUGUUCAUAAAGUUUUCUUUCUUUUUUUUUUUCUUUUUUUUUUUCUUUUUUGGGGUUCUCUCGAAUUACCCUCUUCACCUUUCUGUCAUCAGUGAUUUUCCAGACCCUGUUUCAAGAGGGUUUUCUUUAUCAAUUCCCCUUUUGGCUCCAAGCUGCUGCCUUUCCAAUCCAAUAAAGCAAUACCCAGUUCCUUGGAUUGAUUCUAAAGGAUGGAUUUCAAAGAGGAAGUUCAAUUGUUGUAUGGUUGGAUGGCUCAGGUUGGAAACCUUGUAGAUCAGCUACUGUGGCAUCUUCUACAUGUUAUGGUCAGCUUGUGGUACUUUGUACAGGGUGUGUCCGAUUUGCUUGAAAGCUAUUUUAUCUCUAAAGGAGUACUGAAGAGAUACAAAUCCCUUCAUAUAGGCAGGCUCCGGUAUCUAGCCAUUGUGAUAGAAAGUGAAGAUGCUCACCAAACUUCCAAAAUUAUUGAGCUUCUGGAAUGGCUAAUAGCUAUUGGUGUAAAACAUGUGUGCUUAUAUGAUGCAGAAGGAAUUCUGAAGAAAUCAAAGGAGUCCAUCUUGGCGAAGUUGGAUUGUGCAACUUUAUUGGAGGAAUCUCAUGAAGAUGAUGUCCUACUCAACCAAAAGGAUUUUACUUUGGAGUUUGCAUCAUUCACUGAUGGAAAGGAAGCAGUGGCAAAAGCAGCCAAUGUACUUUUUAUGAAGUACUUAAAAUUGAGUGCCUCUGGCAGAACUCAGGAAGAUCAAAUUUUUACAGAACCUAACAUGACUGACGCCCUAAAAGCUGUCGGUUGUAUAGGGCUGGAACCUGAUCUUUUAUUAGUUUAUGGACCUGCCAGGUGCCACUUAGGGUUCCCUGCAUGGAGGAUACGUUAUACUGAGAUUGUACAUAUGGGACCACUUGAGUCCAUGAGAUAUGGAUCCCUAAAAAAGGCCAUUCACAAAUUCACUAUGGUCCACCAAAACUAUGGUAAAUGAGGCGCAGCAUUGAGGGAUAAGUUGAUUGUAGCAGCAUGUAAUAAACAUAAGCUUUUCUGAUCUAAACCAGUUAAGUUGGAAUCUAUGCUUUUUCCCAGGGCUGAUAGCCUUCUAAACAUCUGCCUAUUUGUGGUUAUUAGCAUUCUUUUCUAAAGUUUAUUUCUUUCCUUUUUGCCAGUCAACAGGUAGAUUUCUACCCAAUCAAUGAAAUGUUGAAUUUGCUAUGUAUCAAUGAAAUGCUUCUUCUUCU